GAGGAGGGCAGUCUCAUCGAAAAAGGGGAAGGGAGGGAAGACGAGCGCCGUGUCGGCUUUUAACACUUCAGGAAGAGGCUCUUAAUUCCUUCGAAUCGACAGUUUUCGCCCGAGACCAGGCCAUGUUUCACCUCAGAUCCGUUGGAAAGUGCGUCGGCGGGAAGGUGGAGCUGAGCACCCUCCUGAAAGCGGCCGCGCCGUCCGUCCAGCAGCUGAACGGCAUCGGCCCGCAUCGGGGCUACCACGAGAUCCCGGAAAAGCUGAAAGACGUGCCGACGGCGGAAAACCCGAGGUUCUUCGACAUGGUCGAGUAUUUCUUCCACCGGGCGUGCCAGAUCGCCGAGGACAAGUUCGUCGAAGAGAUGAGGGCUAAAAUGUCCGAGGAGGAGAAGAGGAAGAAGGUCAAAGGCAUCCUCAUGGGCAUGCAGCACUGCGACCACAUCAUCGAGAUUUCCUUCCCAGUCAGGCGAGAUUCGGGAGUUUACGAAAAUAUCACCGGCUACCGUGCACAGCACUCCGCCCACAGGACACCCUGCAAAGGAGGUAUCCGUUAUUCAUCCGAUGUGACCCGUGAUGAAGUCAAGGCCUUGUCGGCCCUGAUGACGUUCAAAUGCGCCUGUGUCGAUGUACCGUUCGGUGGUGCCAAAGGAGGUGUCAAGAUCAACCCCAAAGAAUAUACUGAACACGAACUCGAAAAAAUCACUAGGAGAUUCACCCUGGAACUGGCCAAAAAAGGCUUCAUCGGACCUGGUGUUGAUGUGCCAGCUCCAGAUAUGGGCACUGGCGAAAGGGAAAUGUCAUGGAUCGCUGACACAUAUGCCAAAACCAUCGGACAUUUGGACAUCAAUGCCCACGCUUGUGUUACCGGUAAGCCGAUUAACCAGGGUGGAAUUCACGGUCGUAUCUCUGCGACUGGGCGAGGUGUUUUCCACGGAAUUGAGAACUUCAUUAUGGAAGCAAAUUACAUGGGCAUGAUCGGCACGACUCCUGGUUGGGGUGGAAAGACCUUCAUUGUUCAAGGGUUUGGUAAUGUCGGCCUUCACACAAUGAGAUAUCUAACAAGGGCUGGUGCAGUCUGCGUUGGAGUUCUUGAGCAUGAUGGUAGCAUUUACAACCCAGAAGGAAUUGACCCCAAGCAACUUGAAGAUUAUAGAAAUGAUACUGGAACCAUCGUCGGCUUCCCUGGUGCUAAGGCGUACGAAGGAGAGGGCCUUAUGUAUGAGGAAUGCGACAUCCUCAUCCCUGCUGCCACAGAAAAAGUUAUUACAAAAGCAAACGCUCAUAAAAUUAAAGCCAAGAUUGUUGCUGAAGCUGCCAACGGCCCCACCACGCCAGCUGCUGAUGCCAUUUUAUUGGAAAGGAAUGUUCUCAUCAUCCCUGACCUGUUCGUAAACGCUGGUGGUGUCACUGUAUCGUUUUUCGAAUGGCUGAAAAAUUUGAAUCACGUAUCUUAUGGAAGACUCACAUUUAAAUAUGAGAGAGAAUCCAACUAUCAUCUUCUAGAAUCCGUUCAGGAAUCUCUGGAAAGAAGGUUUGGACGUGUCGGAGGUCGUAUUCCUGUGACACCUUCAGAAUCUUUCCAAAAGAGGAUAUCCGGUGCGAGCGAGAAAGAUAUUGUGCACUCUGGUCUCGAUUAUACAAUGGAAAGAUCGGCUAGGGCAAUUAUGAAAACUGCUAUGAAAUAUAACCUUGGCUUGGAUCUUAGAACUGCCGCGUACGUCAACAGCAUAGAGAAAAUCUAUGCUACUUAUCGUGAAGCCGGCCUCGCCUUCUAAGAAAAGAAAAUAUAUAUUUAAAAAGUAUAAAACAAUAGAAAUAACAACCCGAUGGGAAUUAAGAGGCAUAGUACUGAUUCUAACAAGAUUUAUUUAUUGUGAACCAGGACUGCUGUUUUAGUGAAUAUCUAUGACUUUUCCCCUGGUGGAAUUUUAAUAAUUGAAGCUAAUCUUAACAAAUCCACACCUUACUUUGUACAAAACGUGUUAACCAUUUUAUAUAUCAAAUUGAUCGUCUACUUAAAUAAGUAUAUACAUUUUUCUUUUUUCAGUGGAGGAAAAUAAAUAAAACUGCUUUUAUCAA